AUGACCCCGACCCCCAAAUCUGAUCAGAGUAAGAGCGUACAGACACAGAAUGAUGCCCCCGACCCCAGAUCUGAUCAGAGUAUAAGCAUACAGACACAGAAUGAUGACCCCGACCCCAGAUCUGAUCAGAGUAUAAGCAUACAGACACAGAAUGAUGACCCCGACCCCAGAUCUGAUCAGAGUAAGAGCGUACAGACACAGAAUGAUGACCCCGACCCCAGAUCUGAUCAGAGUAUGAGCGUACAGACACAGAAUGAUGACCCCCACCCCAGAUCUGAUCAGAGUAUGAGCGUACAGACACAGAAUGAUGACCCCGACCCCCAGAUCUGA